CCUAAUGGUCCCAUUUCCUUUGCUUUAAUUUUACUCUUUCUCCUUCUUCUUCUUCUUCUUGGUCUUCGCCAAUCAACUCAUUAUCAGUCUUUGUCUAUCUGGACCACCGGAUAUAUAUCAUUGAAGUGAUCGUUAAUCUCACAAAGAAACUCCACAUUCCAGGAGUACGUAUCUGGUGGCUUCCAAACUCGAUCGAUCCCAGAAGUUGCAGAAGCUCGUAAUUAAGGUGGAUCCGAGGCACGGGAAGAGGCGGCGUCGAUUCGUCGAUGACGAAGAUGAAUCGGAGAAGAAAGAGGAAGAACGCAUCUUCCCUGUCUACUCAGCUCGCUCCCAACACGACACAAGGACCAUGGUCUCAGCUCUAGCUCAAGUCCUUGGAAGCCCGCUUCGUGAAAGCCCCUUACCCUCUGAUUCCCAAUCUCAAGCUAUGGAUCAAGCCAACCAGUUUCAGCACAGUCCAGAUCAAGAUUCAGGGAUGAGUUUUACUGGCUCUGAAGCCACCUGGAAUUACCAGGAGAGAAGACAGUAUAGAGGGGUUAGGCGGCGACCAUGGGGCAAAUUCGCGGCCGAGAUUCGAGAUCCGAACAAGGCAGCCCGAGUCUGGCUUGGCACUUUCAAGACGGCCGAGGAUGCAGCUCUGGCUUAUGACGAGGCUGCUCUCAGAUUCAAAGGGAACAAAGCCAAGCUCAAUUUUCCCGAAAGGGUUCAAUGGAGGACCGAGCAUGGAUGCCUGAUCACUACAGCUCGGCAAGACUUGCGAAUCAAUCCUCAACAUCUCUAUUCGGUUGCUCCUAAUGAUCAGCCAUUGCCAUCUCAUCAAGAAGCUUAUCUCCACACUCAACAAGUUCUUCCUGAUCAGGCUAGUGCUGUGAACUAUGGCCUUUCGGUUCCAUCUUUGGCAUCCCAACAUGAAGAACAAGGAGGAGAGCUCACAAGGCCUUCUUCCGAUCAGUUUGGAAGUAGUAGUUCUACUUGUGAUCCUCGUACUUAUCGGAUCAAUUAAUGAUGCAAAUUAAAUGUACUCUCAACAGGUGAUAUCGCAAAUUAAGUUUGAUCCACAUGAUCAUGAGGGUGGUGACCAGCAUGUGGGUGCAGUAUCUCGAGUAAGUUGUGAUUUUUCAGUGCAAGCUUAAGCACUCUCUUAAUUAUCAAUGCCUUUUGUAUUUCAAUAAGAAUUGGUUAAAGGAAAUUACAUCUUCACUAAAAUAAGGAAUAUUAAUGUUUGGAAUGUUGCAACUCAAUA